UCUCUCUUAACCUAGGUUGAGCGCCGCCGAUUACUUCCAACUCUCCCUCUCAACCUCCGCGCCGAUCCACUGCAACUCUCCCUCUCAACCUUCACGCUGCAUCGUCUGGACCAAUCUGGUUCCCCAUUCGCAGCUAAUCGACGAAGGUCUUGCUAAUUUGGAGAUGGAAUCAGCAGCUGCUGCAACACCAAAGAAAAAGUCAAAUAAGAAGAAGCGAGUUGCUUCUGAUACAGAAACAGGAACUAAAGGAGACAUGAUUAAUGCUUAUCAUGAAGAGGUUAUGGAUGGAGACCUUGUUAAUGAAGAUUUUAAUGAGCCAACCAUGGGUGAGAAACUUGCAACUUUGAGUUUACAAGAUAAAACCCAGAGCCAUGAGAAACCCCAUGCACAGCCUCCAAGUGCAGACUCAGUCAAUGUUCUGCUUAAGCAAGCGCUGCAUGCUGAUGAUCGUGCACUUCUUUUAGAUUGCUUAUACACACAAGAUGAUAAGGUUAUUACAAAUUCAAUCUCAGUGCUUAAUCCUGCGGAUGUUCUCAAACUGUUGCAUUCCCUUGUCUCUAUAAUUCAAUCAAGGGGUGCAGUGUUGGCAUGUGCCCUUCCAUGGCUAAGAGGUCUACUUCUUCAACAUGCAAGUGGAAUAAUGUCUCAGGAGUCCUCUUUAGUCGCCCUAAAUUCGUUAUAUCAGCUUAUUGAAUCCAGAGUCUCGACAUUCAAAUCAGCUCUUCAACUAUCAAGUUGCAUAGACUUUCUUUAUGCAGAGGUUGUUGAUGAUUCUUUAGAAGAGCAUGAUGCAGUAAAACCAGUAAUAUAUGAGGACAAGGAUGACAGCGAUGAAGACGAAUCUGACGAGGCCAUGGAAUCUGAUCAAGAUGAAAAAGAAGUAACAUAUGAUGAAAUGCUAGAUGGCCUCAGCGAUGUUGACGACAGCGAUGGAAUGAGUGAUUAAUGGAGGAUUUAAACCUAUUAUUGAUUUUCAUUUGGAGGAUAUCAGGCUUGACUUGUUUUUGAGAGUCUUUUGUAUUGUAGUUGAGGUGGAAGGCAAUCUCUGUUUUAUCUGGGAUUCGGCCUGCCCUAUAAAAUUUUGUCCUUGUUUUUGAAGAUAUUAACUACAGAAGGUCAUGAACAUAACCAUCCUGGAGACCUAUUUAGUGUUCGCAAACGAUUUUGUCUGUUUACCAUUGCGAGUUUGUGUUAUAGAAGUUUGCUACUGUC